CGAACAAUUAACGAUAUGUUAUAAUUCUAAAAUGAUAAAUAUUACAUCAUUAUUAGGUUUAAGAUAAUCCACCAAUCAAAUAUCAUUUAAAAUUAUCAAAGAAUAUCAAUCUUGAUCGAUCUUAAGAUGAAUUUAGACUUUGGAUCGUAUCCCGUUCGUUUAACAUGUUCACCAGAAAAAGGUCGUUAUUUUCUUGCAAAGUCAGAUAUUAAAGUUGGAGAAGUUGUUUUAAAGUGCUUGCCUCUUGCAACUGCGCCUUUCGAUAAUCACAAAAAACGGUAUUGUUAUACAUGUAAUUUAUAUAAUUCCUCUUCAGCAUUUUCAUACCAUUGUGUGUCAUGUGAUCAAGCUUACUUUUGUAGUUUAGAAUGUUACAAAAAUGAUUCAAAUGUAUUAGCAAAACAUGAAUUGAUCUGUAAUAUAUCAAGAAAAAUUGCUACAUGGAGGGCUGAUAAACAUAUGAAAAGUGUAAUUAGAUUAUUAGUACAAAUAUUGCUUGAAUAUUUGUGUGAAGAAAAAAAUGAUGAUAAUGAACCUAAAAAUGAUAUACUCAGAAAUUAUUUCAAAGAUUUUUUGUUGCUUAAAUCACAUUAUUCGGAUUGGUCAACCAAUUUAAAACAAGAUUGGAUGAAACAUAAAAAAUUUUUAUUAUCAAUAUUUAAGUCAUCAAAUUUGAUUCAAGAAAAUAUUGAAUUUGAAGAAUUUUUACACAUGAUUUCGAGAAUCGAAAGCAAUGGAUUUGGAAUGUACUAUCAAUCUAAAGGAAGAGAAAUUUUAUUUGGAAGAGCUAUAUAUCCAUUUGCGUCAUUCUUUAAUCAUUCUUGUGACGCGAAUUGCGAUGCCCUUCAGCCGAAUUAUAAAGGUGAAAAUAAUCAAGUGGAUAAUGCAAAUUCCGAAGGAUGUAUUGCUAUUGAAUCAGUACAAACAGACAUCAACUUGAAUACAUUAAUUAAAAAAAAGGAAAUAUUUCGUAAAGUGGAAUUUAUAGCACUUCACAAUAUCAAAGAAGGUGAAGAAUUAACUAUAUCGUAUAUAGAAGAUACUCAUUCCCCGUUACAAGCGAGAAGACAAAAACUUAUGAAUGAUUAUUAUUUUUUGUGCAAAUGUGAUAGAUGUAAAUCUGAAGAGACUAAAAUAAAUGGGAAAAGAUUUAAGGGCUUGAAGAAAUAUCGUGGAAAUAAAGAAUUUCAAUGAGUCUUAUCAGGUCUUUCUAUAAUAUCUUCAAGUCUUUCCCCAAGUUUAACUAUAUUUCCUCGAAUAACACGAGGAUCAUUGUUAAACAUUUUUCUUAAUUCGGUUAUCACUACUGGGUUGGUGUCAAAAUGCAUAAGCCAAAAACUAUUCAAAAUGUAAAAAUAAAUUAAUAGUUUUAUAAAAACGUAUUAAAACCAAAAAAAAUUCCUUAACGUACUGUCCACGAGUAUGGUAUACUUG